AUGGAAGAGCUCAAGGACUGGUCAUUUUACAGAGAUGUCCAUGCCGAGUUUGUUGCUACUCUUUUAUUCCUUCACGUAUUAAUUGCCACUGUUAUUGUAUACAAAAGGCAAACAAGUCCCUGUGAUGGUGUUGGUCCCCUCGGCGGCAUCAUCUUUGUUCUCGUCUACUGCACCGCCGGAAUAUCUGGUGGUCCCAUUAAUCCGGCAGUAAUGAUGGGGUUGUUUGUGGCGACGAAGGUUCCAUUGGUUCGAGCCGUGGCCUACAUGGUGGCUCAGUGUUUGAGAGUUAUCUUGGUGUAG